UUUCAGAGUCAAGAGGUCCCCAAAGAGAUCGCCCAUGUCUGAUGUAUCAUCACAAGACGACCACGCUACAGACGAAGAGAAGCUGGCCUCUUCCUCCAAUCAAAAAGAGAAGCUGGUCUCCUCAGCCAACCACAAGUGGGCAUCCAGGGAGGCAGAGAUAACCUCUGACCCCCAUGAGGACUUCCCUCAACCCUCUGACCUCACAGCCUUUGUCAACAGUCGAGUGUCCGACUAUGAGAUUGAGUACAUGGGAAAGAUUGUCUCUUCUUCAUCGAAACCUUCUGCUCUCUACUUGAAGCUGGACUCUGUGACAGACCCUAACCACAGAUCAGAACCGAACUCUCCCUGCACAGGGAGCUUUGAGGAGAUAGAGGCCCAGAUCACAGCCCAGAUGAAGACCCCGGUGCUGGGCUCUCGGCCCGGUCCGGAGUGGUCCGCUGGAGAGAAGGAGAAGACCAGGAAGAGAGAGAGCCGGUCACUCAGCCGGACACAGAGCACAGACAGGGAUCAUGGACUGCAGAGAGACAGAGAAGUGAUGUCAUCAACAGUGGACAGGGACAGCAUGGUGACCAAGAAUUGCCUUUACACCCAGACGGCGAGCUACGGAGACGGGGAGAGGGAGAGCCCCUACCUACCCAAAGACCUAGAUUACUCUCUGGGCAUCGCACGAGAAGAGAUCGUGUCCAAGGAGAAGGAGGUACUGGAGUGGCAGAGGAAAUACGAGGACAGUCGACAGGAAGUGCUGGAGAUGAGGAGAAUCGUGUCAGAGUAUGAGAAGACCAUUGCACAGAUGAUUGACGAUGAGCAGAAGGAUAAGUCUCUGUCUCACCACACCAUCCAGCAGCUGACCGUAGAGAAGGACCAGGCUCUUUCAGACCUCAACUCAGUAGAGAAAAGUCUGGCUGAACUGUUCAGACGAUACGAGAAGCUGAAGGACGUCCUCGAGGGCUACCGCAAGAAUGAGGAGGUGUUGAAGAAAUGUGCUCAGGAGUACCUGUCCCGGGUGAGGAAGGAGGAACAGCGUUACCAUGCCCUGAAGAUCCAUGCCGAGGAGAAACUAGACAGGGCGAACUCUGACAUCGCCCAGGUGAGGAUGAGGGCUCGUCAGGAGACAGCAGCGUACCAGGCCUCUCUCAGGAAGGAGACCAUGAAGGUGGACUCACUGGAGAGAACCCUAGAGCAGAAGAACAAAGAGAUCGAAGAGCUGACCAAGAUCUGUGACGAGCUGAUCGCCAAGAUGGGGAAGAUCUAGCAACGCUGAACACAUCCUGGCCAUGUCUCCAGGGCCUCAGGGGGACUGAGUGGUCGAGGAAAACAGAAGAAGGACAGAGAGAGGAAAGAUCUAGCAACGCUGAACACGUCCUGCCCAUGUCUCCAGGGCCUCAUGGGGUCUGAGUGGUGGAGGAAAACAGAAGAAGGACAGAGAGAGGAAGCUUCCUCUUCUACUCCCAUCCCUGGACAGAUGGAUUUGACGGACAUCUGAGGAUGUUCGACACUACUGACAGACUAUUUCCAUGUAUCUACUGGCAACAUCGCCCCCAAGAGUAUUGGAGGGUAACUCCUGGUCAAUGGCUUCCUCGCCAUGUACAGUUUGAUGUGCCAAUGUGUACCACGUAUCCUGUCUCAAUGGGUUGGUGAAAGGGACUUCAAAAUGGUUGUCAUGAAUGUGAGUGUGUGGGUCGUGGGUGGGUGUGUGUGUGUGUGUGUGUGUGUGUGUGUGUGUGUGUGUGUGUGUGUGUGUGUGUGUGUGUGUGUGUGUGUGUGUGUGUGUGUGUGUGUGUGUGUGUGUGUGAUAGAAAGAAAGAGCAUUGAUUGAAGACAUCAAAUGAUGUGAAAGCCUUGGAUGAAAAGAAAAACAGCAAUAUUGUGUGUGCAUAUAUAUAUAUAUAUAUAUAUAUAUAUAUAUACACACACACACUGAGUGUACAAAACAUUAAGAACACCUUCCUAAUAUUGAGGCCUCCUUUAGCCAUCAGAACAGGCUCAAUUCGUCAGGUCAUGAACUCUACAAGGUGUUUUUUAACCAGGCAAGUUAGUUAAGAACAAAUUCUUAUUUUCAAUGACGGCCUAGGAACAGUGGGUUAACUGCCUGUUCAGGGGCAGAACGACAGAUUUGUACCUUGUCAGCUCGGGGGUUUGAACUUGCAACCUUCCGGUUACUAGUCCAACGCUCUAACUACUAGGCUACCCUGCUGGUUACUAGUCCAACGCUCUAACUACUAGGCUACCUGCUGGUUACUAGUCCAACGCUCUAACCACUAGGCUACCUGCUGGUUACUAGU